AUUAUGACUGUUUACUUGAUGUUUCCCCUGCUGACCAAAAAACCACUAUAUCUCUUAUUCUUACCAAGUAAUACCCCUUCGGAAAAUGAAACGAUCAGUGUUUCCCAAAUUAAGUGUGAUCUCAGUGUGUUAAAAUGCAGAUUUGUCUCCCACCCAAAUCCCACUGAGCAGAAUUACUUGGGGAGAAGGCACCCCGGGAACUGUAUUUUAACAAGCUUCCCAUGUGGGCAGAAGUGUUCACUGACGUUUGAGAACCAUGGGAUAAGAUGAUGGAAGUCCUUUUAGGGAUUCAGCAUCGGCAAAAUUGCCUGGAGGGAGUUUGAAGACUUCCAGGCCAGAAGGUGCCGCCCUCUCCCCAACCUCUUCCGGCCAUUCGAUUCCCGGAAGGGCAGUUCUGUCCGCCGUGGCUUUGCGCGCCUCUCCUCUCUUCCGCUUCCGGUGUCCCUUACAGCCAUGGCUGCCGCCACUCCUGCGGUCGGCCCUGGGGCGCCGCUGUCCCCGGACGAAUUACUCCCGAAGGGUGACGCCGAGAAGACUGAAGAAGAGCUGGAAGAGGACGACGACGAGGAGCUAGAUGAGACCCUGGCGGAGAGACUGUGGGGUUUGACGGAGAUGUUCCCGGAGAGGGUCCGGUCCGCGGCUGGAGCCACUUUUGAUCUCUCUCUCUUUGUGGCUCAAAAAAUGUACAGGUUUUCCAGGGCAGCCUUGUGGAUUGGGACCACUUCCUUUAUGAUCCUGGUUCUUCCUGUUGUUUUUGAGACUGAGAAGUUGCAAAUGGAGCAACAGCAGCAAUUGCAGCAGCGGCAGAUACUUCUAGGGCCCAACACAGGGCUUUCAGGAGGAAUGCCAGGUGGUCUACCUUCACUUCCUGGAAAGAUCUAGAUUGUUACUGCUAUGUUUGAGCUGCCUUGGUGGGAGAAAUUUGAAAUUCAAUAGUGUUUGAACUGCUGAUUGCUUUUUUUUUUUUUUUUUUUUUUUUACACUUGCCACACAUUGAUCUUAUCUAAACCUAGUAGGAAGAAGUGUUCCUACUUUCUCACAGAGACUCCCAACUUGCAACUGUGCCCUCCACACUGUCCUGACUUAUUUCUGUCCUCACUCUGAUCCCAGAGUGCAGCCAUGCAGACAGUUACUCCAACACUGGCUACUCCACCCCUUUCACUAAAUUGCUCCUAAGCAGAAGACCCCUGGCUAUCCCAUUGUGAGGGAGGAACUAAUGCCAGUGGAGGGAGGAACCCCUGACCAUUAACAACUGUUUUUAGGUUUUUUUUUCUUUUGUUUUGUUUUUUUUUUGACUGGAGAUGGUGGGGAGGGACAUGCACAGUUAAUGAAACAGACAAAAUGCAUUAGAGCUGUAGUGUGAGGCAGCUACUCUGAAUCCCUAGGUGUGAUGGGGAGGAGGAGGGAGGGCUGGCAGCAGCCUUGACCACAAGAUGGAGACUAGAGGACAGAGCAGAAGCUCAUUUCCUCUGCGCAUUUUGGCUGUUAGACCUUUGUGUGUUUAAAAAAAGUCAGUGCUCACUUUUUGUAUUUAAAUAUUAAAAUGAUUCCAACUCAAAGAGUCAUCCAUGUACUUACAAACACAUACUUUGAGAUUGCUUAGACCAUCUACUGCCACUUGUAGCCCAUAGAGCAUUCUAGAAGGGCAAAGAUACGUCCUGUCCCUCAUGUUUCUUCUCAACCAAGUCAGCAUCACCAUCCUACAGAUUGACCCCUGAGGGCCAAGUUAGUUGUUUUCAAAAGUAAAAUCUCUGAGGAAAAUUCA